AUGGCGACGUUAAUUCACACUUUAGCAGACCAUAGCGAUGAUGUCAACUACUGUGCCUUCUCAUCGUCAUGCUUGGCUACUUGUUCCUUGGAUAAAACGGUUCGCGUUUAUUCUUUAAAGAACUUUGCCGAGCUCCCCUACUCGCCUUUAAAAGGUCAUACAUAUGCUGUCCACUGCUGCUGCUUCUCUCCGUCGGGACACGCUUUGGCUUCAUGUUCGACAGACGGCACUACCGUGGUCUGGGACACUCGCGAUGGUCGGAUGCUGGCGGCGCUAGAGCAGCCCAGCGGCAGUCCUGUGAGAGUCUGCCGCUUUUCUCCUGAGUCCACGUAUCUGGUGUCGGGGGCAGCGGAUGGGAGUGUAGUUCUUUGGAACAUGCAGUCUUUGAAACUGUACAGAUCUGGGAAUGUUGAAGAUGGUUCUUUGGUGGCCUGUGCAUUUUCUCCUAAUGGAAAUUUCUUUGUCACUGGAUCAUCGUGCGGUGAUUUAACCAUUUGGGAUGAUAAAAUGAGAUGCCUGUAUAAUGAAAAAGCACAUGACCUUGGCGUUACCUGCUGUGAUAUUUCUUCACAGUCAGUUUCUGAUGGUGAACAUGGAUUCAGAUACUUCCAGUUGGCUUCUUGUGGUCAAGAUAAUCAAAUCAAACUCUGGCUUAUUUUGUGUGCAGAUUUUUUAGGUGUUGAAUUAAAAUAUAAAUGCACAUUGAAUGGACAUUCUGCCCCAGUUCUGGCUUGUGCAUUCUCUUAUGAUGGGCAGAUGUUAGUUUCAGGGUCUGUGGACAAGUGUGUCAUCAUAUAUGAAACUAGUACUGGCAAUACCCUUCAUACUUUGUCUCAGCAUACCAGGUAUGUUACAACUUGUGCUUUUGCACCAUGUAGUCCCUUACUUGCCACAGGUUCAAUGGAUAAAACUGUGAACAUAUGGCAGUUUGACUGUAAGCAACCCUGUGCAGGGAAUAUUGUAGAAAAUGAAUCUAAGGUGGCUGUUGAGGACUGGUCAGAGGAUGAUGUUUCAGCCUGGCUUUGUGCACAAGACUUAACAGACUUCGUUGGGCUUUUCAAAACAAAUAACAUUGAUGGAAAGGAGCUACUGAAUCUUACUAAAGAAAGUCUGACUAAUGAAUUAAAAAUUGAGUCUCUAGGCCUGCGCAGUAAAAUCCUCCAGAAGAUCGAAGAACUGAGGAUGAAAAUGACCCGUGUUACUGUCCCUGAUGAGUUUUUGUGUCCUAUAACAAGGGAGCUUAUGAAGGAUCCUGUCAUUGCAGCAGAUGGUUAUUCCUAUGAAAAGGAAGCAAUGGAAAACUGGAUCAGCAAUAAAAGACGAUCUAGCCCCAUGACGAAUCUUCCUCUCCACUCUCUGCUGCUCACACCAAACAGGACACUAAAAAUGGCUAUCAGUCGCUGGCUGGAGACUCAGCAGAAAUAUAGUUAA